AGAUGAUUAUAAUUUUCAUAUUUUUGUAGACCAAUUCAAUUUUAUUCAUAUUAUCUUCACAGUUUCGUGCAACAUCUCAAUCUUGUACUAUUCUCUUUUAAAAAAAAUGGCUUUCAGGUCAUUUACCAGAAAAUUUUCCGCCGGUAGGCAAUUGCGUGCUAUUUUGGAUGAACAGUUUACUCCUGAUAAACUUAAGGCCUAUGAAAAACCAGGUAAUUGAAUUGUUCAAAAAUUUCAAUAUCACUAACAUUGAUAUUUUAACUUUUUACAAUUUUAUUGAAUUGCAGAAGUCCUUCAAGGUGUAGACUUAUGGAAGAAAAUAACUUACUUUGUUGCGUUACCUGGUGUUUUACUGGCAUCCAUUUAUAUCAUUAACGGACAUUUGGAACAUGAAAAACACACUCACCGACCAGAAUUCAUUCCAUAUGAACACUUACGCAUCAGAACCCGUGUAUGUGUUUGUUUAAAUAUUUUUUUUUAUUUAAAACGAAACAGCUUUCUUACUGAAUACUAUUCGAUUUUAUUCUUAACAUGUAUUUACAAAUACCACUUAAAAAAACAAUUUGAUAAUGAAAUAUCCGCUUCAGCAAAUUGUAUUAUUUGACACUAUCUGUUUAUGUGUAUGAUAAACAUCUCAUUGACCCUUCAAUUGUACAUUCAGCCAUUCCACCAAUUUGUCGAUAACAUCGUUAGAUCAAUAUAAGUUCAAUGGAAAUAGUGCUAUAAGUCAGGCCCUAUGUAGCUCAAUCGGUAAAGCUAUUGCCCAGCAAACUGGAAACUCUGAUUCGAUUCCUGGGCAAGCCUUCUGAUUUUUAACUCUAUUUUUCGAACAAAAAAUAUGAUCGCGAAUAAAACAAAGUUCUACACACUCUAUUGUACAUAGUACAUUGAUCAUAUUAUUAAUAGCUUUUACAUAAUGUAAACCUAUCCAUAUACUAGCCUAUGCCUACUUUUUUAGUCACUCAAUUAUCUUAAAUUAUGUAAAAUCUUAUUGGUAAAAGAAUUUUUUUUAAUAGGAUUAUACGCUAUGUUUUUGUUUUUAAUACACACACCAUAGAAAUGUCUGCACACAAUAGACAAUUUUCGAUGUAUUAAUUUAUCUAGUCUAGUGUAAAGAUAAAAAUGAAUACUAUUUAUAUAACUGGACAUAACAGAUAUAGAAUUGCACAAAUGUUUCUGUGUAUAUUUUGAAUAAUUUUAGUGCAAUAAGUUCCAAAACAUUAUUGUUAGGUAUUUAACGAUUUCCCCAUUAAAAAAUUCAGGCCAUGUAACACUAUUUUGUCCAAGGUCUUGUAAUAACUACCACAGUCCCUGCCCACAUUUAAAUUCUUUCAAAUGGUAUAUCAUAACUAAUAAACUAUAAAGUAUUUGUUUGUAAGAUAGUGAGAGCAAUACUACAUAUAAAUGAUUAGGAUGUAGUUUUUUCUCUAAAUACUAAUACUAAUUUUAUUUUAUCAUUGUUUUUCAUGUUUAAUUUAAAAAUAAUAAUAAAUUUAUAUACACAAAAAGAUUAUUUAAAAAAAAAUUUAAUAUUUUUACCAAUGUCAUAAUUGUUUUAAUUAACUAUAUUUUAUUAUAAUAAUUGUACUUAAUAUAAUGCAAGUACCAAUUAUACAGGAUAAUUAUUUUAUCAUUGAACAUAUAUUAUUUCAAAAAUUAUUAAUUUUUUUUUUUUUUAAAGAUUAAAAUAAGUUGUUUUAAAAUACCAUAUUACCAUUUUUUUGAGGAGUGAAAUGACCUACUUUUGAUUUUCAUAUGGCAAUCUGUAUUCAAAAUUUCAUAAAUAGAUGAGUAUUAGCUUAAAUAAUUUUUGGUGUUGCAACUAUUACUUCAUCUAUUUAUACAUUAUUCAAUUUAGUUUGCCAUAAGAAAAUCAAUAGUAAGUAGUAAGUAAGUAGUCAUUUGAACCCUAAAAUAAAUAAUGAUAAUGUAACAUUUUAAAACUGCUCAUUUUUUAAAUCGUCAAAAUAAAUUGUUUUCGUAAAAAGAUAAUACUUUUUGAAAUAAGAAUAUUCAACAACAAAAUAAUCCCCUGUAUACUUGUAUAUAAAUUGGUAUAAUUUAGUAGCGUUUGUCUGAUUAUUCCUUGUUUAUUUUGUUUUCAGAGAUUCCCUUGGAGAAAUGGUGACCAAACUUUGUUCCAUAAUCCUUUAUAUAAUGCUACCACCUCAGGUUAUGAAGUAGAGGAAGAAAAAUAAUAAAAUGUUUUUUCCGUUAUCUUGUAGUAAUAUCAAUUAAAUGUAAACAAAUAAAUACUGGUUUUUUUUUAAACAAUUAGUCUUCAUAAGAUUGCAAUUUACAAUGAAUAAAUAAGAACUAUCUGCAAACUAAUAAUAUUGUUUUUUUUCAAUCUAAUUAUAACUAACCUGAUAUAAAAUAAAAUUAGGUAUUGGUCUUGUUGAUGUCCACCAAGAAAGUAUUCUUCGGCCACUUAUACUCUCAUAUUUUUGAUGUUCUAAUCAUUCGUUACAAAAUGCAGGUAGCCAAAAUAAAAAUAAAUAAAUUAGUCGUAAAGAGUAAAAAAAUAUAACAUUCCGUCCUUUCCAAUAUUAACCUUGAUGGAAUGACACGUUCCAAAACUGCUAAAUCAUUUUCAUCUAAACGAAGCUAUUGAGGGUGUAUGUUGAUUUUUUUAAUUUAAUUUUUGUAAGAGAUGUAAUUUUCUAUUUUGAAUUUAACAAUAAGUACAUAAUUGUACAUGCAUAC